AUGGCAGACCCAAGCCUACCAACAACGCAUCGAGUUUGGCGUAUGAAAAGUGAAGUGAAAGACACGAAAGAUGCAAAAUCCAUUGAAGAGAGUCUGUCACUCGAGGAAGAGCAAGUUCCGACUAUCAAGGAAGGCCAAAUCUUGGUCCAAGUGGCUUGCUGCACCAUCAAUCAUGAAGACGUAUUGCAUUUGGAAAAUGCGUACGUCAACACGAAAGAUAUACCAAUACCCCGUGGUGUUGGGUUCGAAGGAUCGGGCAAAGUUGUGGCCAGUAAAGCUUCGUUCUAUCUUGGAUUGAAGGUCGGGUCUCGUGUGGCCUUUUAUUCUGACCAAUCCUGUGCCUUGGCAGAAUAUCUGGUAUGCGAUGCUCUAACCGUCACACCCAUCCCAGCCGGAGUUUCCUAUAGUACAGCAGCGGCUGCCGUCACCAACGCCUUUUCGGUUUUGCUCAUGGUCCAAAAUCUCAAAAAGGGUGGACACAAAGCAGUGGUCAAUACCGUCGGGGCGGGUAGCUUGGGGCGGCUCUUUACCAAACACGCCAAGUCUCUGGGCAUUAAUGUCAUUGCUCUCGUCCGUCGAGAUGCCCAAAAGGAACUCUGCCAAGCCGAUGGGGCCAAAGUCGUUUUGAACCUAUCGGAUCCAGAUUUUGACCAACAACUCUCACAGGCCAUUCAAGAGACCAACUGCCACUUUGCCUACGACGGGUUGGCCGGAGAUAUGCCCGAUCGCUUUUAA